UCCACUAAUUAAAGUGCAUCUCAUAAUCUCUAUUGAAAUUGUAUGGAUGCUUUCAGAACUAUGCUCGUGCGCAGUGCCCCACUUCAUCCGAAACCCUAGCGCCGAAAUUCAUGGCAUUCAUCGGCGAGCUUCACCGGCGAAUCUCCACCUCCGUCGAGAUCUAACCCUUGUGUGGAUUUCCGGGACCUUUGAUUGAUCUGGGACCGAUGUCGCUGCGGAUCAAGGCGGUUGUUGAUCGGUUCGUGAAGGAGUUGAAGGAGGCGCUGGAUGCGGACAUUCAGGAUCGGAUUAUGAAAGAGCGGGAGAUGCAGAGCUACAUCGAAGAGCGCGAGCGUGAGGUUGCUGAGAGAGAAGCCGCUUGGAAGGCUGAGCUCUCCCGCCGUGAGUCUUCAGGGCAUUCAAUUUGGGACCUUGCUUAUUUACGAUGGCUAGGAGGUCAAGAUAGUGGUCAAGAAUAUAAAGCUUUGUUCUUGAUGAAGGGGUUGAGGGCAACAUCCGUGAGAAUCAUAAUUGGCAGAGUUAAUGCUUUAAGCAGCCAUUAAUGAUGUUUUGAAUGUUAUAUCUUUGCGUCAAUGUCAAAGUACUUUUUAUGGUUGUAUUUAUUCUGUUUUCUAUUUUUGUUUUUAUUUAUGUACACAAAUAAUACUGAUAUGAUGCUUGAGGUUAUUCAGAGGUAGCUUUAUGUU